AUGACAUCGGAACCGGCCAUCAAUACUAAACUUCGAAAUCAGAUUAGGACAGCUUGUGAAGAGUUCCACCUUGUUGAGCCAGGUGAUAGAAUUCUUAUUGGCUUGUCUGGUGGUAAAGAUUCACUCACACUUACGCAUUUCCUUUCUGAGUUAAUGCGUGAGAAGAACUUUGCAUUCAAAGUAGUCGCAGCACACAUCAAAUUCAAAAACCUUCCAUACGGAAUUGACGCACAAUACUUACAAGAUUUUUGUGAAUCUCGCCAAGUCGAAUAUCACUUAGUUGAAGAUAACAUUCGCGAAGUUUACCUCGAAAACGAUCACAAAGAAACAUGCAUUCACUGCUCACGUUUCCGUCGUGCAAAAUUAAUGGAACUUGCUCGUGUUUUCAGCUGCAACAAGCUUACAUUAGGUCAUCAUCUUGAUGACAUUGUUGCUACACUUAUCAUGAAUAUGACUCACCAUGGUCGUUUCUCAUCAAUGGCUGUAAAACUCGACAUCACUGCAGGAGAAGAAAAAUACAACAUGACUAUGAUCAGACCACUUGCUUAUACUCCAGAACUCGAUAUCAAGCAGUUUUGCGUUGAAAAUGAAUUCCAACCAGCCAAAUGCAGAUGUCCAUGGGGUGAUACAGGCAUUAGAUCGCAGACAAGAGCUGCUGUUGAUGAUAUUGUGUCUAAACUUGGUGAAGAGGCUAGACUUAAUAUUUUCCGUUCCCAGUUCCACAUUAUUAAGAAGACAGCUCCAGAACAUGUUGAUCCUCAUGAACAUAAGCACCAUGGAAAGAAUAACUCUGCUCCAAAUACUGAUAUUGAAGAUAUUGGAAAAUAA